AUGCCAAAGCCACCAUCACACCCCCGAUACCAAGCCGUGGCGCGGUCGGAACCAUAUCCGAGCAGUGCCAACAGGAACGGUGGCGGUCAUAACAACCAUGAUGGAGGUCACGGUCACAGUGGGCGUCAUGGGAGUACGGGAAUGAUGUAUCACCACGCCGCGGGGUCAAUGAACACCACAGUGGGAGUGACACCCGGGGUUCCACCACCGGCGCAUCAACAAUCAGCGGCCCCGCCGAAUUACGGGUACGGCGGGAAUCCCGGGAUCGGCGCCGGGUCUGGGCCCGGAGCGGGGACUGGAAUGAUGAACCCUCAAUAUGCGACAGCAACAAUAACAUCAACUCCACGGACAAUACCUAGGAAUUUUGGCGGACAACAAUCGUCACCAUCGUCGUCGACAUCGACUUACGGACAGCAGCCGUCUUUUGAAUCCUUACAGGGGCCGAAUCAGCCUCACAACAGCAGCCCCUCUUCAGCGCCAAACUUUCAGCUGACAGGCUAUCAGCACCAGAAUCAUGCCCUACAACAACAACAUUCUCAACACCAACAACACCACCAAGGCCCCACUAUCGUCAACCAAAACGCCGCCCACCCAACCCACUUUCCUCCCCAACCGCAACCACAACAACAACAAGGAUAUCAACCACCAAACCACCACCACCAACCACCUCAAACUCAAGUAGCCCACCCAACCCAAAGUCCAAUUCCUAAUCCGAGCUCGUCCUACAACCCCCGCCCAACCCCCCCUUCCCCAAGCCUGCACAACCCUACAACCUCCUGGACCCCUCGCGAAGACGCCCUCCUUCUCUCCUCGCGCGCCUCGCAACUCCCCUGGUCCGAGCUGCAGCGGCUACACUUCCCCGGUAAGACGGCCAACGCCUGCCGCAAGCGACACGAGCGUCUUAUCGAAAAGCGCCAGGCCGAAGAGGAAGUUGAUGAGGAUCGAUUGGCGCGCAUAGCAGGGGAAUAUGUAAAGAUGAGAGGGGAGCUAUGGCAGGGGUUGGCGGAACGGAUAGGGAUGGAUGUAAAAGAGGUAGAGGAGCGGUGUUUGGGGAUGGGGGUGGGGAGGUUGAAGGUUGCGGGACGGAGAGGGGGGAGGAGGAGGGCGUCGUAUCCUGUUGUUGCGACGGGGAUGGCAGGAAUGGGGCCAGUGUCGACAGUGAUGCCGAUGAUGUUCAGUCAAGGUCAGGGCCAGGGACAGGGACAGGGUGAUGCAGAGGAAGGAAGGAAUUACACGCAUAGUCCGGUACAGAUUGGUUCUACGGGCGCAGGGCAAUCAAUGAUCGGACCAGGGCCGGGACAUGGAAUGGGAAUGGGCAUGCUACCACCGCAAACCGCACCACCACUUACCACUCUGGUGCCGAUACCGCCUCCUACCACCGCUGGACACGGGUACAACGUCAACACGUCUGCCUUACCGACCUCUUCAACACCGGGCAUUCCACCACCACCACUACUUCCUCUGAUGCAGCAGCAGCAACAACAACAGCAACAACCAAGAGUGGCGUUUGGUGGGUAUCUCAACGGACGAUCAAGUUCAAGAAGGCCGACGCAUCCUUUACCUUAUUCUUCUGCGCCACCAUUAGCAUCAGCAUCAGCAUCAGUAUCAGCAUCCACGCCCGUGGGUGUGAGUGCGAACACCAACCCGCCCGGGAGAUUUGAUCAAGGACAAAGACAAGGUCGAGGUCAAGGACAGCAGUGGCCUCGACAAGGAGGCGUGAAUCCCGCCGGGUCCGUGGGAAUGGGGAUGGGGAUGACGGUUCCUGCUGCAUCGACGACAGGACCACCGACGCCACAGACGUGGCAUAGUGGUGGUGGUGGUGGUGGUGGUGGUGGUGGUGGUUAUCCUCCGUCUUCGUUUGGAUAGAGGUAAUGAAUAGGUAGUUUCUCAUUGUGAUGGUCGUCAUGAGAAUGAUGCAUGGCCGUGUCCUUGAAGUAAAAGAAUAGCGUGUUUGUACAUAGAGGUAGAAAGGGAAAAGAUAAUGGUCAGUUAUA